CGCAGCUGUCCCGCAAUGGCCGCCUUUGCCGCAGGAAUAAACAAGCAGGGCUCCCUGACGACCAUGGAGCCGUGCGUUCGACACGGCCGGGCGGCCAACGGAGGCACCGUCAAGGUGCUAGAGUGUGGCGUGUGCGAGGACGUCUUCUCCCUCCAAGGGGACAAGGUGCCUCGCCUGCUGUUGUGCGGGCACACUGUGUGCCAUGACUGCCUCACCCGGCUGCCCCUGCACGGUCGAGCGGUCCGCUGCCCCUUCGACAGGCAGGUUACAGAACUGGGCGACUCUGGAGUGUGGGGGCUGAAAAAGAACUUUGCUCUUUUGGAGCUUCUGGAGCGACUGCAGAAUGGGGCCACCAACCAAUCGGGAAUGACGGAAGACGCUCUGAAGGGAAUGGGUGAGCAGUGCAUCAUCCGAUGCGACGAGGACGAGAGCCACACAGCCACCAUGUACUGCACCGUGUGCGCCACCCACCUGUGCGCCGAGUGCUCGCAGCUCACCCACUCCACCCGCACGCUGGCCAAGCACCGUCGCGUACCGUUGGCCGACAAGCCCCACGAGAAGACGCUGUGCCCGCAGCACCAAGUGCACGCCAUCGAAUUUGUGUGCCUGGAGGAAGCGUGCCAGCCGGGCCCGCUCAUGUGCUGCGUGUGCAAGGAGUACGGCAAGCAUCAGGGACACAAGCAUGCCGUCCUGGAGACAGAGGCUAACCAGAUACGGGCGUCCAUCUUGGAUAUGGCGCACUGCAUCCGCACGUUCACGGAGGAAGUGUCGGAGUACUCCAGGAAGCUGGUGGGCAUCGUGCAGCAGAUUGAGGGAGGCGAGCAAAUCGUGGAGGACGGCGUCGGCAUGGCGCACACGGAACACGUACCCGGCACAGCGGAGAGCGCUCGCUCCUGCGUGCGCGCCUACUUCGCCGACCUCCAUGAGACGCUCUGUCGUCAGGAGGAGAUGGCGCUGAGCGUGGUGGACGCCCACGUCCGCGAGAGGCUCAUCUGGUUGAGGCAGCAGCAGGAGGACAUGACCAUACUACUGUCCCAGGUGUCCACCGCCUGCCUACACUGCGAGAAGACGCUGCAGCAGGACGACUGCAGAGUGGUGCUGGCCAAGCAGGAGAUUAACUGUCUGCUGGAGACUCUUCAGAAGUCUCAGCAUCAAUUCACAGAAUUGGCCGACCACAUCCAACUCGACGCGGGAAUCCCUGUCACCUUCACCAAGGACAACCGGGUCCAUAUUGGUCCCAAAAUGGAGAUUCGUGUUGUGACUCUGGGACUGGACUGUGCUGGGAAAACCACCAUCCUGUUCAAGCUCAAACAGGACGAGUUCAUGCAGCCCAUUCCCACUAUAGGUUUUAACGUGGAGACAGUGGAAUAUAAGAACUUGAAAUUUACCAUCUGGGAUGUGGGAGGAAAGCACAAACUGAGGCCAUUGUGGAAACACUAUUUUCUUAACACACAAGCGGUCAUUUUUGUGAUAGACAGCUGUCAUCGGGACCGACUGAUGGAGGCGCACAGCGAGCUGGCCAAGCUGCUGACUGAGAAAGAGCUGAGAGACGCCCUGCUUCUCAUCUUUGCCAAUAAGCAGGACGUACCAGGCGCCGUGUCGGUGGAGGAGAUGACAGAGCUACUUAGCCUGCACAAGCUGUGCUGCGGCAGAAGCUGGCACAUCCAAGGCUGCGAUGCCCGCAGCGGGAUGGGUCUUCACGAGGGCCUGGAUUGGCUGUCCAGACAGCUGGUGGCCGCUGGGGUCCUGGACGUGGCCUAGAACGGCUUCUGUGGCGCUCAUCUGUGAACUUGAAGGUACAAAUUGGAAGCGCCUUGGACACGUGCUACCGCUGUUCUCCUCAAGGAGGAGACAACGAGAUAAUGGGAAAGGUUUGAUGACGACCGCAACUUUGUACUCAUGAGCAACACCAAACCGGUUUGGAAAUGGGAAAUCAAGCAUGGUAAAUAAAUAUGUAAGCUUUGGGAGAAUUUAUUUCUCAUGCUUGGAAUUGUUAGCCUAGGGGUCGGCAACCUUUAACACCGAAAGAGCCAUUUCGACCCAAACACGCACAUAUAGAUAUUAGCAUUGAUUACGUCUGCUCGAGUGUAUAUUCUGUGGAGGAGUUUAACCUUUUAGUAAGUAGAAUAAGUGCUCAGUUUUAUUCAAACGAGAGACAUGAAUUCACCAACUAUGUAAAGUCAUGGUUGUACCUCACUGUACCCAAUAGUCUUUGCACCUGUGAGUGGCGCAGACUUUUCAUACACUUUUAUUCACAGAACACUCACGCAUAGGGAUGUCAUGAUACCAGAAAUUUUGUAGUCGAUGUCGAUACAAUUGAAAUUCCAUGAUUGUCGAUACCAUGGUAAAAAUGAAAAAUAAACAAUAAAUCCCAUGUACUUAAAACAUAGAUUCCACCGUCAGUUGACAAGACAGCUCCCACAGACAUUCCGCCAUGCCUUCCCGUAGGGGGCCAACCCAGGCAGAACGUUGAGUUGGCUUUCACUGUGAUAAACUCAAAGACGCUGCGUUCUAACGCCGGAUUUAGGCGGAAAUAGGACGAAGGGUUUACUGCAUACAAGCAGGCAGGAGUGUCUCAAGAGUGAUUUGGUCGAGGAUUCAAGGUAAUUAUUAUAUUAAAUAGCACCAUGCAUGUACUCGAAACACUGUGAAAAAAAAUCAAUAAAAUUAGUGUAACUAAUGCUUGAAAUAUUUACGUAAAAUGAAUGAUAACAGCCAUUUUUUGCUUUUAACCAAGAAUCUAGACUGUUUUAUGUUGAUAUCUAUAGAAAUUCCGCGAAUUAAGCAUUUAUUUACAAGAAUUUUCAACUUAUUUACAAAAAUUUUCAACUUAAAAAAACUCUGUUUUGUGACGGCCGCCAUGUUGGAUUUUGUAUCCCCGCACAAUAGUGGAAUUCAACCUAAAUAAGUUGUGAUUGUAUAUUUUUAAAAAUGCAUGUUUUGCUUUUGUUUAGUAAAAUUAAGAUAAUUCUGCAUGCUUUCCUCAAGUAUUAAGUUUCUGAUGUGAAAAUUGAGUGAUUUAUUAGCUGUUGAAAACUUGCACUAAAUUUUAAAAAAUUCAGUUGCUAUUUUGGGCAAAAACUUUUAUGUUAAAUAUUGCUAUUGAUCCUGAAAAUAUGGGUGAUUAUCUCUGCAUUUUCAUGACGAUCACCAUGUUGGAUUACACAAUAGUGUAACUUUUGCUUGAAAUAUUUACGUAAAAUGAACGCUAACUGCCCGUUUUUUGCUUUUAACCAAGAAUCUAGACUGUUUUACGUUCAUAUCUAUAGAAAUUCCGCUAUUUAAGCACUCAUUUACAAGGAUUUUUAACUUAAAAAGCUCUAUGUUUUGUGAUGGCUGCCAUGUUGGAUUUUGUAUCUCAGAAUUCAACCUAAAUAAGUUGAUUAUAUACAGAAAAUGCAAAUUUAGCUUUUGUUGAGUGAAAUUUUGCUGAUUCUGCAUGCUUUCCUCAAGUAUUAUAUUAAGUUUCUGAUGUGAAAAUUUGGUGAUUUAUCAGCUUUUGAAAACUUACUAUUUUGGGCAAUGUUAAAUAUUGCUAUUGAUCCAGAAAAUAUAGGUGUUUAUCUCUGCAUUUGGUUAUUUUUGUGCAUCUAGCGUAAUUUUAUAGCCAUUUUAAGUUUUGUUAUACUUGAUAUACUUAAAAUUCAUAUACUUAAAAUAAUCAGGAUUUUAUUAGCUAACGACUUUGAAUUUUUUGAUGUCGCUGCUCAUGGAGACUCAUACAUGCUCAAGGGAGGUGCUUGUUUUGGUAUUAGGUAGACAGCGACUUUGGUUUAGAAAAUAUUAGAAUUUUAAGUUUUUGAAAAUAGGCCCCUUACGGAUCAGCCCCGUGUCCCGUCAACUGAUAGUAAAGUCUAGGCUUAUACGUACUCCUUUAUUAGAAGUAAACAACAAUACUGUGUGCUCAGUUUAUACAGAACAAUCGGCAUGUAGCUUUAAAGUAUUAAAAUAACAUACAGUCGUACCUCUACAUACACAUUUAAUUUGUUCAAGGACCUUGUUUGUUAAGUCGAAAUGGUCGUAUGUCGAGCAGGAUUUUCCCAUAAGAAUACAUUAUAAUUCCAUUAAUUCGUUCCACAGCCCGAAAACCUACACUAAAUGCUUAAUAAAUACUGAUGGUACUUGUUUUCCGAAAUUUCCAGGUUCGCGGUGAAUCAGUAACAGGCACAUUUUUGCUCAAUAGACAAUGUUUAUUGAUUAGAAAAUGCAGAAUAACUGAGAUUUAUUGAUUACAAUCCCACAAGAGCAAGCAACAAGCAUCAAAAACAAGCAUAACAAGGGUAACGAUGACGCUAGAUUUGAGUUUGUCAAUCCCAGAAUCCCCACGCUACGUUACAGCACAACCAGGUGUCCCUUGGCAAUGAAAAUCGCUUACCGUGACAAAUGAGCGGGAGCCAACGCUCCGGUAAGGCACCGAAGGAACAAAUCCAGGCGAUCCGUACGUGACCCGCUGGCGGACUUCACUGGUCGCCCGGAAAUGCCCGGUUUUUGUAGGAACGCGCUACACGGGGGCGGAGACGGCCAACCUCCGCUACCAGGCGGCGCGGCCCCGUCCAAUGACAAAGCUACUUUUGGUUCAGCCCCUUGAAAAAGGGGCUUUUCUUUGCGUGGUUCCCAGGUUGCGCCGUCCGGUAGCAGAUGUUGUGUUCCCACGGUAAAUAUUAUGAGUGCAAAACAAGUUAUCUCGUGAGAUUCCCUCCUAACUAUGGAACCCAAGGUAAAAAACAAUCAAAACAAGUUAUCUCGUGAGAUUCCCUCCUAACUAUGGGACUAUGGUGCAAAACAAAUUAUCUCGUGAGAUUCCCUCCUAACUAUGAAACUCAAGGUAAAAAACAAUAGUUGUUACAAUCUAGGUCACAGAAGCAAUCAUACAUCACAAAGGCAUAAUGUAAUAUUUUCCCCCAGCAUUCCGCCCUUUGACCCGGAUUGAAUUUAUCAUAAGGCAUAAUGUGCUAAUUCACUUUGGGUCACAUAAUAUUUUCUCCAUCAGUACUAUUACCAAUGGCAAUUACACAUAGUAAAACAAAUAUAAAACAAAAUCGGAAUAAUAAUUUAAUAAUAACAAUUACUGUAAUAAUGUAACGAAUCGGCUUCUAAUUUGGCGGAUGUGUUUUGCGAUCUGUACCUGAAUGCACCACGUGGUUGACGUGACAGAGUGAGAUAGGUGCAGUAGAAAUGUUACUCUCUCUUUUAGUGUUCCAUUGUUGGCAUCAUCUGCGGCGGACAGUUGGCGUGUUGUGUUGCACAAGUUCUGAAAUAAAUGAUUAAAACCUUGACAAAGCUGGCAAUUUCUUUGGCGAUGUUACAACUAUACAUAGUUGGUGAAUUCCUGACCUGCUUAAGUGUUCUGUUAGCAAACACACAAAACGGUGAGCCUGAGUUGAUCUAGCUACUUAAAAGAAAGUUUAAAAGUUGUUGCUAAAUCUAGCAAGUGCCAGAAAAGUUCAAUCAAAUAUUUAUUUCAUUUCAAACUGAACCGCAUCAGAGGGUUCAGAAUGCGGCCUCGGAGCCACGGGUUGCUGACCCCUGUGUUAGCCUAAUCAUUUUGAUGGUCGACUAAUCAACUCGUAUAUAAAUCACGUUUGAUUUUAUCAAUCAAUCUUUUGAGGAUUAUGAAAAAUCAGUUAUUUACCAAGCUCUUAAACGUUAAUCGACUAUAAAAAAGUUGGAUACUCGAUUAAUCAAGGCAGAGCUAACAACUUAUUCUAUUUCCAAAUCUAACUCAUUGGCUGCCAUUGACCUCCCUCCCAGUCAAAAUGGAUUGGACGUCUAUCACCACAAUGGCAGUGAAUGAGUUUCAAUGAAUUUGCUUCCUUUUCCAGAGAAAUAAGACACAGACAACCGCGCUCAUAGGAUUUAAAGUCAAUUUUAUUUGAAGAUUGUGCGCUCUGUUACAGAACUAUGUCUACUGAACGUAUUUAUAGUGUAGAAUUCAACCUUUUUUCCCCCUGCAUGUUAUCGUCGGGCAAAACGCACUCGUCGUAAUAAGGCGGCCAGACUCUGUCGUCUCCUUUCAGUAUUAACAUCGCAACACUCGAGGAAACCGUCGCGAGAACUUUAACGCCCCGCCGCCUCUUUGUUAUGUAAUGUGAAGCAGUGAAACCCUAACCCUGCUACUGACACUUUUUGCCUCCCCAGGGACAACUUUGAGUUUUUUCAUUGCAAUGAAAAGUUUACUACUUGCAUUAAAAAAAUGUCUGUGUGAAACGCCUUUUUACCCGCGUAGUUUGCAAGUACAGAAGCACAACGCGCCUCAACACCUUUUGUUACCGUUUGACUCAAUGACGGCUUUGUUUUGUAAAUUAUUCGUAUUGUGACGCUGUCAAAUAAACUGAUUGACCAUA